GCUUGACAAACGCGUGGGGAUGUACUCUGGUUGAUAGAAAUUUCGUUCUAGAGAGAGAGAGAAGAGAGAGAAACAGACGAGAUCGAGCAGCUUAUGCGAUGCCGUUGGCGGCGGCGGCGGCGGUGGCGGCGGCGGNCUCUACUCGGAUCGGCCUUCAUCGUUGUCUGCUACCUCUUCUUCAAAGAGCUCCGCAAGUUCUCUUUCAAGCUCGUCUUCUUCCUCGCGCUAUCCGAUAUGUUCUGCAGUUUCUUCCGCAUAAUUGGGGACCCAUCAAAUGGAUUUUUUUGUUAUGCUCAAGACUAUAGUACACACUUUUCCUGUGUAGCAUCUUUUUUAUGGACUACAACAAUUGCCUUCACUCUUCACCGUACUGUUGUUAAGCACAAAACAGAUGUAGAGGAUUUCGGAUCUGUUUUUCAUUUGUAUGUAUGGGGAACCUCUCUUGCUAUGUCUGUCAUGCGCUCCAUAGGUAGUGAUUAUGGAAGAUAUGGUGCAUGGUGUUGGGCUGAGACUGAUACUGCAGGACAGGUAGCUCACUUCAUAACAUUUUAUGCUCCAUUGUGGGGUGCCAUUCUUUACAAUGGAUUUACAUACUACCAAGUAAAUCGCAUGCUGAACAAUGCAACACGGAUGGCUGUUGGCAUGUCAGAUCGAUCCCACCAAUAUGAUACAGGAGCUGACAAGAAGGCAUUAAAUAGAUGGGGAUACUAUCCAUUGAUUUUGAUAGGAUCUUGGGCAUUUGCAACAAUCAAUCGUGUGCACGACUUCAUUUAUCCAGGCAAUAAGAUAUUUUGGCUUUCAUUUGCUGAUGUUUGGUUUGCGGGACUCAUGGGUUUCUUUAAUUGUAUUGCUUAUGGUCUUAACUCUUCCGUGCGACGGGCAAUUGCAGAAAGAUUUGAAAUGUAUUUACCCGAGAGAUUGAAAAGAUGGUUCCCUUCAAAGUUGAAAGGCCAGCAACAAGAAAAUGAACUUGUUUCACUGAUUGUUGAAGGCCAACAAUAGAAGUUGAGUGGUAUUCUUCUCCAUUUAACCAGCCAAUUCUUCUAAGGAAAAAUUACCUCGCUAGCACAAGAGCAGGGUCGGUUACGAGUUGCUUGAUAUACAUUUUACAAGGAUAACUGGAGAGAAACUACAUGACAUGUUGCGGUACAAAAAUUUUCAUGUUUAGUGUGUGCAUACUAGCAGCUUUGGUGCGUAGUGAGUCAGUCCUAUUGGUUAUUUUUGCGGCCUCGAAAUUCUUGUUUGUAACCAUGUAUGCUGCAGUCUGUAGAUAUUUGCACUUACUGCUUGUUCAGAGACUUGUAACGUAAGCAUUUUUCUGUGCUAAUUGUGUCGUGUCGAGUUUUCACCUCAUUAGUGAAAGUUUUGAUGCCGGUUUGAGAUUGGAUGAGUUUGAGCUGACCUUGUGCUGAUAUUAUUGGAUUAUGAUAUUACAGCCGUUGUAAUUUCUA